CCCCGCCGCCGCCGGCGAGACCACCUCCCAGAUCCCCCCGAUGGCGUUCCGCCGAAUCCUCUCGGCCGCGCUGCGCCGCCGCUCCGCCGCGGCGGCCUCCGCGGCCGGGACCACGCGCGAGGCCUCCACGGCCGUCGCCGCGGCCCCCGGCGCCAUCGCCCCGGACGCGGCCCCGCUCCGCGCCCCGACGAUGCCGUACGACCGGAUCUCCGAGGCCGUCAACGCGCGCGUGCGCCGGCUCGAGCACCCGGACCCGCGCUUCCUCCGCUACGCCAGCCCCGUGCCGGCCCACGCCGACCACUCGGCCAUCCUCGCGGCGCCCGCGACCCGCGUCACCACGCUCGAGAACGGCCUGCGCGUCGCCACCGAGUCCAACCUCGCCGCGCGCACCGCCACCGUCGGCGUCUGGAUCGACGCGGGGAGCAGGUACGAGGCGGACGAGGCCGCCGGGGUCGCCCAUUUCGUCGAGCACAUGCUCUUCAAGGGCACCGGCACGCGCAGCGCGGGCCAGCUCGAGAAGGAGAUCGAGGAUAUCGGGGGCCACCUCAACGCAUACACCUCGCGGGAGCAGACCACCUACUACGCCAAGGUGCUCGACAAGGACGUCCCGCGCGCGAUGAGUAUCCUCGCCGACAUUCUGCAGAACUCUAAACUUGAUGACGAAUGCAUCAAGAGAGAGCGGAGUGUAAUCCUCCGAGAGAUGCAGGAGGUUGAGGGACAAUCAGAGGAAGUUAUAUUCGAUCAUCUUCAUGCAACUGCCUUCCAGUAUACUUCUCUUGGCAGAACAAUCUUGGGUUCUGCUGAUGAUGUCAAGUCUAUCACCAAACAGAGUCUCGAAGAUUACAUCAAAAAGCAUUACACGGCUUCUAGAGUGGUUAUUACUGCUGCUGGUAAUGUUAAGCAUGAGGAUAUUGUACAACAGGCAAAGGAGUUGUUUAACAAGCUGCCAACUGACCCUACCACAACUGGCAUGUUGGUUGCUAAGGAGCCAGCCACUUUUACCGGUUCUGAGGUUCGAAUCAUUGAUGAUGACAUGCCCCUCGCUCAAUUUGCUGUUGCCUUCAAUGGUGCAUCCUGGACAGACCCCGAUUCUAUUGCACUAAUGGUUAUGCAAACUAUGCUUGGUUCGUGGAACAAGAGUGCUGGAGGAGGGAAGCACAUGGGUUCGGAGCUUGUACAGAGAGUAGCGAUCAAUGAAAUAGCUGAGAGCAUAAUGGCAUUCAACACAAACUACAAGGAAACAGGCCUGUUUGGUGUCUAUGCUGUUGCUAAGGCUGAUUGCUUGGAUGAUUUGGCUUUUGCAAUUAUGCAAGAGAUGAGCAAAUUAUCAUACAGGGUUACUGAAGAUGAUGUUAUUCGUGCACGCAAUCAGCUGAAAUCCUCCAUCCAACUCCAUCUUGAUGGUUCCACUGCUGUUGUUGAGGAUAUUGGACGCCAGCUACUCAUCUACGGCCGUAGAAUUCCCAUUCCUGAGCUUUUCGCAAGAAUAGAUGCAGUUGAUCCCAGCACUAUCAGGCGUGUUGCAAACCGCUUCAUCUUUGACCAGGAUGUUGCCAUCGCUGCCAUGGGACCAAUUCAGUCUCUGCCAGAUUACAACUGGUUCAGGCGCAGGACCUACAUGCUCCGUUACUAGAUUCAUCUAGCGGUGUACCAUGUUUACAGUCUCUAAAGGCAAGAUAAUUGCUUUUUUGGCACCAGUAUGUCAAGGCCACAUCCACGCACAUAUUGUGUGCAGAAGUGGAGGAAUUUUUUGAGUCUUUGUUUUCCUUGCCCUUCUUUUCCAAAACCCACAAAGCUGUCAAUAAUGAUAGGCAAAUUCGACUGACGUGGCAUACUUGGGUGGCCAUCCGUUGUUUUGUGAUGAUGAUGAAUCUGUCAUGACUCACUCUUCCAUCUUGUGUUACGAUAUUAUUUCUCUUUCGGCAAAUAAUUAAAUGAAAGCUGCUUAUGUAAA